CAAAUCUGACAAGCGCGGUUUGGAGCAUGGCGCGGUAGUAGUGUGGCUGCGUGACCGCGGAUACACGCAGGCCAACUGCAGUUUGCACGCCGAAGAACCACGCGAUUCGUGCGGCGUAGUUAAAAUUAUAGUAUACGAAAGUUGUCCGCAGUUUUCCACUGCUCGACGCGAAUCGUUAAAGUGGGUUGUCAAGCAGUGUCGGUCAUCAAGUCGACAGCAAGGCUAGCAAUUUUGUGUCUGUGCGGAAAAUCAGAGUUUGACUCCAACUUCGACUUGGAACCAACUUAUUAGCCAUGAGCUGUUGGGAGGACAUGAUGCGAGCCGUUGGGGAGAUGGGGGACCCCGAUGAGCUUGCCAACAGCGAAGGCCUUGUCAUGUUGAAGCUGGAGAAGCCGUUACCAAGUGGCCGUACCAUCCCCCAACAACUGACAGCCGACGCCAGCCGCUCUGUGCUCACAACAGACCAGGAAGGCCUUACAGGCUGCCGAAGCUUUCUUAUUAAGCAGUGCUAUUCUACAGUGCUCUUUGCCGGUUUACCCGCGCUGAAGUCAACGAAGGGAUUCCUCGCCGCUGCAAAGGACAUCGUCGGCAAGGCACAGGAGCUGAUCAUUGUGCACAACAGGGACCUGGUAGCAGACCUGAUGUCCUGGUUCUCCAAGGUGACUAGGUUGAUCCUGUACCACGACCUGAUGCUGCAGAUGGAGAGCUCAAGUCACGUGCGGGAGAUGGCACACACGUCACACCUCUGCCAGGUCUGGGGCACCACACCAGCACUCGGCACCGAAGAGCUUUUCCUUUGCCCUCUGACGCUCACUACACUGGUUGCAAACUGUCCUAUGCUGUCAGAAAUCCAGGCACCACUGGACGAGAUUGUGUUGCUCGCAGACCGGUUUCGGAUACAGUCGCCACAUCCGCCACCCCUGCUCGGUGAAUGCCGGGAGCUGAAGCUGGGCUCACACUUCCGACGGCCGAACCGCAAUGCCAUAAUGAUGGGUGAUGCAAGCCUGGCUUGCAUCGAAAAGGCACUCGAACGGUAUCCACACCUCGAGCAGCUGCAGGUGACGACGACAUCCCGGAAGAUACUUACUCGCAUCACGGAGUUCUCUAGGCUGAAGCGCGUUAACAUAAUGUACGCCGCUCAAGGUGGAAUGUGCCCUUUCGACCCCUACAUCACCAAGAUGCUGCAAGCGCUGGCCCUGACGCACCUGACGUUGAAGUACUUCGAAGGGGCACAUCUUUCAACCAUUGCCCGCACCUGCAAAAACCUCGAGUGCCUUUCCCUGUUGGGCUGCAACAUCUGCAAUGAGAAGAUUCAAUCCGGCAUGUUUUCGAAACUGAAAUCGCUCGAGAUCAGCGACUCUAUCAUGGAUGACGCAUUCUUCACCCUUCUGAACGUCGCCGAGGGCCUGACCAACCUUUACCUCGAUGGCGAGUGGAUCAUCUCGGCGUAUGUCGGCGGGCCGCCCAACCCAUCGCACCUGCGGCCCAUCCAUCCAGUCAUGGAGCAGCUCACCCUCGUCACAAACUGGACGCUGCCACAAUUGUGUGUGGUGCCCGAGGAAGUGCGCAGGAUGGUGGAGUCGAUGCCGGUGCUCAAGCGCCUGAGCACGGACAGCUACGACAUCCGCCUGUGCGUGCAGAACUACUACCCACGCGUGACGGUGGCAUGGACAACGUGCACGACCUGCACGGCCGAGUUCCCAAAGGGUGGCAUAGUGCAGCACGAGAUCUGGCGUAUAGCGCACAUCGACGAAGAAGACGAAGAAAAAAGGAAGCUGUGAAAAGCUCUGCACUCUUCGUUGAGGAUGUUGGACAUCACUUGUGCCCAACUGUGGAGACUUUCUAUCGACAAAGACAAGGAACAGCGUCACAGGAGCACUGCUGAUCAUUGGGCACACACCUCCACAUCAGUACACUGAUGCUUGGUGCAAUACAGAAUGAUGUCAUGCGUAGCGCACAGUAAGCAAGCUAACGGUACCGAUGAGCGCCCCUCUGAAGCCUUGAAGCCUUCUGGUGUCCAUUCAUGUGAAAAGCCUCCGUCUGCUCAAACAUGGGCGUUGCAACAUUGAUGCAAACUGCUGAUGGUGCUCGAAACAGCAGCACAGUACAAGACAAAGAUCUGAUGCACAGGCCAAGGAAGUGAAAGCAAAAGAUACUCUUCAUGACACUGUGAAACAAGCACGUGAUUUGAAAGUGUGGGAGUUGCUCUUCUUCAGGAUGGCUACCAGCAUCAAGGAAUCAUUGUGCACCAUUUUGGCAAGUGGCCAUAUAGUUGCUUCUGAAAGGCAUAUUGCAGGAUGUACUAAACUGCUUCAACACAGAAAGUGUAACGACUGUCCAACAUUCAGGAGGAGGGGGGGGGGGGGGGAUGCCCAACAAAAACGGGAUAUCCUACAUGGCCUGCUCGCACGAUGGUGUUCUGGAGGCUGGUGCACAGAACAUUUACCAGAUCACAUAGUUAGUGUAUAGUAGCAGAGAAGAGCAUUAAUGCCUCCACCCGAAACUCUGUAGUCUUUGUCCCUAGUUGCAAGCCAAGCUCUCUGCAAUGUCACUCUCGAAAAGGACACUUAUAACCAGCUGAAGGAAACAUUACACCAUCUUGCAUGAAUUACUGAUGAUGUGGGAAAGGCUCACACUGUGUGGAAUGUAACUUGAUGAAAUUCCCAGAGCCACUAGUGACCAAUUACGAUUUGUAGGGGUGCGCAAACAGCAAAAAUUUGGAGGACGUUUAAUCUUUGCCUUUAAGAGUGGAACGCGAUAGCAUUCAAAGAUUCCCAACUGCUUCUCAUGCUUCCCUGCAACUGCAGCUUAUGUAACCGUAAUGUUUACUGGGAAACACUGGCAGCGAACGCUGUGCACGAAGGCAAGCUUUCUGGUAGAAAUGCAGCCUCUUGCGUGGGUGGAUCCCAAAGGUAGUGCACAGCAACACAAAAAAAAAAUUUCAUAAUUUUCAGGUUUCUGUUAUUGUUUUGCACUUUUAAUGUUUAAGUCUAGGAAAAUUUAAGGUAAAAGGCAUGCGCUUUUGGUGUUCUGUUUCACAUCAUUUGUUUGUGGCCUGUCAUUCUCAAUAUUCCGUGGGUAACUUCGUCAAGAAUGUAAGACAAGGUAUGAGCGACUUUAGUGGUAGAAUGGUAUGACAAUAUAUAACCUGCAUAUACUUCAUGUCGUAUAGCAAGGCGUGGCAUAUACAUAUACCUAAAUAUAUACAGUAAAACCUCAUUAAUUCGAAGUCAUCGGGACCAAAAAAAAUCUUCGAAUUAAGCAGGUUUUCGAAUCAACCGAACACACCAAAAAAUGCAACCCAGGCAAAACAUUUUGAUUCAGGAAUGCGCUACCUUUAUUCGGCGAUCUUUGGAAUACUUAAAGUAAUCAGAGAUGCUGUUUUGCCACGUCCUGUAGUUCGAGGCUCCAAGGGCCACGUUUUCUAGUUGGCCAACUAUGUGCAGCAUUUGAGAAUUUCCGCUGUGGCACUCAACAAAACUGUGGAUAAUGUUCAGCGAUCCAAUAACUUCCCCGAGAGUGGGUGCUCAGGAGGGCUCGUUACCGUUGUCGUCGUCGCUGUCAUCGCAUCAGUGGUAGCUUCACUCUCCAAGUCUGAGUGGCACGUUUGUUGAUCAUUUUCAAAGUUCAGAUAUGCAGUGAAGCCGACUGCACCAGAUUCGCUAUCCUCUACGCAGAGUGCAUUGAUGGGAUCGCAAUUCUCGGCUCCUUCUUCAUCAAGUGCACAUGAAUAGUCAGCAUCAGCAUCGACGGUGCUUUCUUUCGAGAAGCCAGCAUGUUCAAAACACCGCAUGAUCAAAGUGGGUUCCGCUUGCUUCCAUGCAUACACAAUAAGACGUACGGCCCCGAGGAGGUCGAUGGAGUACUCCUUGCCGUUGUCGUAGCAAAGGAGCAUGUGCUUGAGCAGGUGGUGGCGAUAAAUCUUCCUCAUAUGGUGAAUGACGCCUUGGCCCAUUGGCUGCAAGAUCAACGUGGUGUUCCGAGGAAGAAAUCCUGAUAGCUUUCAGGUGUGGGAUGUCACCAUGCACCAGGUAAUUAUCAACAAAGAAGAGUACAUUUCUGCCUGUGGCUGUAAACUUGCAGUCAAGCUGCGAAACGUAAUCUUCAAAUAUUGCCCCUGUGACCCAGGCAUUCUUGUUGUGCCGGUAGAUAAGCUCAUCCCUUGGCGGCAGCCGUGCAUUUUUAAAGCAGCGAGGCUUCCCACACUUUCCAACUACAAGUAGCGGCAGCUUGUGUUGACCGCACAUGUUUGCACCGAACAGAAUAGUAAUUCUUUGCUUGCCCUGCUUUCAACCCUUGACCGCGGUGUCCUUCGCUGCGAACAUUUUCAAAGUUCAGAUAUAAGUUCAGGGGCUGCCUCGUCAAGGUUGUACACAUCGUCUGCACCGUAGUACUCUCUAAGCAACGGAGCCAAGGUGUGUUUCUUCCAGUCGUCGAUGGCACUCUCGUUUGCGCUGCCGCUCUCGCCACAGAUGGCUACGAAGGUCAAAUGAUCGUGCUCUUUAAUAUGACUGAACCAUCCAUUGCUACACUUGAACUCUUCGUGCCUAAGUUGUAGAGCCAAGUAGUUGGCCUCCUCCUGCAGUAUUGGUCCAUUGAUGGGAAGGUGGGCUGCGUUUGCUUUCCGCAGCCAGCGAGGUAAAGCUGAUUCCACAUCUUGGUACAUGGGAGCCUGUACUUGCGACUGCUUCGAAGAAUAUGUCUUGCUGUAGGCCUACAGUACCUUCGACUUGUUCUUCAAUUGUGACCAACAUAGAGAGGGGCACGCUGUACCUUUCAGCCAAUUCGGUCUUGGAACACAUGUUCUUACCCGCUUGGAUCAAGCAGAACUUCUGCUGCAGCGUUAAUGUCUUAUACUUUGGCAUCUUUGCUCACUGGCACUUCAGCAAAAAAAAAGAACACGCUAGCUGCAACACCCCUAACCACCGCACAAAAAGAAAUGGCGCAGACCGGCGUUGCGUGCACACACGUUGCUGCAGGCGUGGAGAGAGGAUGGGUGAACAGCAGCCAGUUACAGCGGCACGGAACACGCACUGACGCUACGACCGCUGCGACUGCGAGGAGCGUGCGGAGUAGGGGACGAGAGCAUGUAGCAAAAACCGUAUGCCCGCUGCGUUGCAGUGAAGCACCCCUUCUCCUCUGCAGGCGCGCAUUUCGGCGGUGCGCGGGGCAUACUGUGGACUGAUUUUUGUGCUAGCAGUACUACGGGUCGGGUGCUUCGUCUAAAUAAUCGAGACUGCUAUGUGGCGUCGCCAUGCGGCGCCGAAUGGUCGUCGUUUCGUCGGGUUUGCGGUGAAAUGGGGAUCAGGAAUUGCCACAUAGCACCCCAAAUCUCCAAAUGGUUGACGUAAAGCACAUUAAAUUUUGAAUAAACAUAAUUAUUGUGAGUUUGUAUUUUUGCUAUUUGAAUAUUGUAAUUUGUUGAAGGGGAAAUAAACAUGGAAAAUAGGAAUCCGCCUCUGGAUGGAUGGAUGUUAUGAGCAUCCCCUUUGGAGUACUCGGGUUGCGCCACCAAGCUCUUGCUACUAUGCUGCGUAAUAUCCUACCUAGGUUAACCAAUGAAAAAAGAA